AUGAAGCUGGCAGCGAACGCGCCUUUUCCACUAAACUUUUUACUACUUGUUAUUGUUGUAAUUCUGUGCGCACCAAUCGCCUGGGGAUGGCGCUCUUUUAAGGUCAUCUUCACCUCUUUUCUCUACUCAUACAACUCCGACGUGAUAGACGCCAAAGUGCAGAUCCAGAACACCACCAGCGAUACAUACCUGUCAGUUGUCUUACAAGUCAGUGAAGAUCUCGAUAAUGUGUAUCUUAAAUACACCAUUGCUUUAGAUUUGGGGAACUAUACAACACUAACCAAUCGUUCAGUAAAUUUUUGUAAAUUCCUUAAACAACAUUCAAUGGAUCCCGUACUGCGUAUCAUAUAGGAGGAUAUACUGAAACAGGGUAGCUUAAUCAAGAAAUGUCCGAUCAGGAAGGGUCUAAAUACGUUGAGUGAAUACUCCAUCGAUGAGCUGCCCAGUUAUGUGCCCGAGACGAGCUUCUUUGCAGAGCUGAAGAUAUUGAAGUCAAAUGGGCAAGCGCUCUUCGAUGAGAAGCUGUAUGGGAAAAUAGAUAAAUCGAAGGGAUUUAACAAUCUAAAAAUGUUCAGUCUGGGAUAGUAGUUAAUAGGAGGAGCGUACCUGAAAGAUCACGAAA